ACCAACAAUCAUUCUAGAGUUUAUGUUGACUAAACAAUAAAAAAACUGCACCUCCAGUUACGAUACAAGUUGCAACUCGCAAAUGCAACACUAGCACAGGAAGCAUCCACUCCUUGUUUUGUUCAAACAUCAAAUCGAAGCUUCUGAUUCUGUCAUUCUGAGCACAACCAAGAUUUGGUUUCCUUGUAGGGGAAAAUCAAAAAUCAAAUCAAAAUCAACUACAACCCACCAUGCGGAAGUGGAAGUGGAACAGAAAGAAACCCCCCAUUUUCCCUUUGCUUGUGCUCAUCUUACUGUUAUUCAUAGCCUUCUCAAUCCUCCACAGUGAACACACCAUACAACUAAUCCAUGAAAACCCAGAUCAUGGUCGUAGCCACCAAGAAAUUUCUCCAAGUACCCUUGUCAAACCCAACCUUUCAGGUCACUUCAAGCGAGCUCCAGAGGUUUUGGAUAGAUUCAGUAGAUGCAACUCCACUGUAGAGUAUAGUGGCCGGAAAAUUGCUUGGCUUGGCGAUUCUCGGCAGUCCGGUGGCCGGAGUGUGAGGCCGGAAAGUUGUGAUGUUUUUUCAGGCAAAUGGGUGUUUGAUAAUGUAUCACAUCCACUGUACAAUGAGUCAGAUUGCCCUUACAUGUCUGACCAAUUGGCUUGUCACAAGCAUGGGAGGUCUGAUUUGGGGUACCAGUAUUGGAGAUGGCAACCUCAUAACUGCAACUUGAAGAGAUGGAAUUUGAAAGAAAUGUGGGAGAAGUUGAGGGGUAAAAGGCUAAUGUUUGUUGGAGAUUCACUAAAUAGAGGGCAAUGGAUAUCUAUGGUAUGCUUAUUACAAUCAGUAAUUCCUGCUGACAAGAGAUCAAUGUCACCAAAUGCCCAUCUCACUAUUUUUAGAGCAGAGGAGUAUAAUGCAACUGUGGAAUUUCUCUGGGCUCCCCUUCUUGCUGAAUCUAAUUCUGAUGAUCCAGUAAAUCACAGACUAGAUGAACGGAUAAUUCGUCCUGAUUCAGUUCUUAGGCAUUCAUCACUGUGGGAACAUGCUGAUAUACUUGUUUUUAACACAUACUUGUGGUGGAGACAAGGCCCAGUCAAGCUAUUAUGGACUGAUGAAAAAAAUGGAGCCUGUGAAAAAUUGGAUGGGCGAGGAGCCAUGGAGUUGGCCAUGGGAUCCUGGGCAGAUUGGGUAUCUUCUAAUGUUGAUCCCAUCAAGAAGCGUGUAUUUUUUGUGACCAUGUCACCAACUCAUCUCUGGAGCCGAGAGUGGAAACCAGGAAGUGAGGGAAACUGUUAUGGGGAGAAGGACCCCAUUGAUUUUGAGGGCUAUUGGGGAAGUGGUUCUGAUUUACCUACUAUGAGCACUGUGGAGAAGAUCCUAAGCAAUUUGGGUUCAAAAGUUUCUGUCAUCAACAUUACUCAACUAUCAGAAUAUAGAAAGGAUGGUCAUCCUUCAAUUUUUCGUAAAUUUUGGGAACCCCUUCGGCCUGAACAAUUGUCAAAUCCCCCAUCUUACUCUGAUUGCAUACAUUGGUGCUUGCCUGGGGUACCUGAUGUAUGGAAUGAGUUACUAUUCCAUUUUUUGUAGUAGUUACAAUAUUUAAUUUUCUUCAUUGGUAUUGCAGCCAAUCUCAUUGUCUGCAUUUUGAAGAGUAGCAAAAGCUGCUGCUUCCAUUAGUUGUUUACACACAAUGCGCCACUUUAAAACUUGGCUUCACGUAGAAAAAGGAAGGGACAAAAAACUAAGGUAGUUUGUUUGUUUUGAUUUCUUUUUGAAUGUGAUUUAUUCCACUCUCUAUUUCACCUCCUUUGCACAUUCUUAUGAAAUGAUUUUUAAGUUGUUUGACCAAGAGUGUUUGGGACAAUUGUAAAAGUUUGAUUAUUUCAAUAAUCUAUUUUAUGUACAA